AUGAAAUUAUUAUUUAGUAUUUUAAUUUCAAUUUUAUUAUUAUUGUCAUUAGUACAUAAUGAUAAUAUAGCUGUCAAUGCAAAGAAACAUCAUAGUAGAAAGCAUGACAAAAACAGUGAUCAACACGAACUAUUAAAACAAGAGUUGGUCGACAAGAAAUUGUCUGCCUCUUUCCAGACAUAUACCGUUUUUAGCGACUCUGCCAACGGAUAUCGGGUUGUCAAUGGCAAUCAAACCGGUGGCAUUGCAACUGCCAUCUAUUCUAAUCAAAUGGAAACUACCGGUUGGGGUUACCUCUCUGUUGAGACCUCUUCCAAUUUCCCCGAUUUGGUUCAAGCAUCGGCUGCUGGUUACCUCGAAGGUUACAUCACUUCCGAUAUGAUCUACCAAAACUGGUACAACAUGUAUGUCAAUGAAUACAAAUCAUUCAUCUCUGAUGCCGUAGUUAAUUGGGUUUCAUCAAAUAUUAAAUAUAUGGUACAAGAAAUUCAAAACAAUCCAAAUGAUCCAUUUUGGGUAAAUGUAAAUUUAAUUUACACUCAAACUCUUAGUUUAGUACAAGGUUAUCAAGCUGCCAACCAAGAUCCAAACCAAGAUUUACAAUUGAUUGAAUUCAUGUUGAUGAAUAUGGAUGGUGAUAUGAUUGAUCUUGCUCCAGCUCUCAAUAUUUCAUUUACCAACUUUUUAAGAAAGACUGGUCAUUGUUCUUCAUUGGUUAAAUUAUCCGAUGAUUUAACUGAUCUUUAUUCUGGACAUACAACAUGGUCAAGUUAUUAUGAAAUGGUUAGAAUGUUUAAGAUUUAUACAUUUUCAUUCUCUGAUGCUGCCGAAGCUGCAAGUAGAACUACCAUGUUUUCAUCGUACCCAGCCUCAUUGUCAUCGAUUGAUGAUUUCUAUCUCUUGGAUACUCGUAUCGUUGUCAUGGAAACCACCAAUGGUUUGAUGAACAAUAAUCUCUAUCCAUUGAUUACCACGUCGUCUGUUCUCAGUUGGAUCCGUGUUGUCAUUGCCAACAGAAUGGCUACCGACGGUAAUACCUGGUGUCAAGUCUUUUCCAUCCAAAACAGUGGUACCUACAACAACCAAUGGAUCGUUGUCGACUAUAACCGUUUCCAACCAGGUUAUGACGUCAAGGACGGUAUGGUCUACAUUCUCGAACAAAUCCCAGAGUACAUCGAGUAUGAUGAUGUCACCAACUUGGUUCGUACCGGAUACUGGCCAAGUUUCAACAUUCCCUACUUUGAAAACAUCUACAACAUGUCUGGUUUCAACGAGACUGGUCCACAAUUUGGCAACUUUUUCUCGUAUGCUGCCAAUCCACGUGGUAUGAUCUUCCGUCGCGAUGCCAACAAUGUCGACUCUUUCAAGGCAUUCAAGGCUCAACUCCGUUACAAUGACUGGAAAAAGGAUCCACUCUCCCUCGGUAACCCAGGCAAUGCCAUCAGCUCUCGGUUUGACCUUGUCACUAAAAACUCGAGCAACCCAUACCUCAAUCGCGAUGCUUUUGGUGGCAUCGACUCCAAGGUUGUCUCUCUCAAACACGUAGACUCGAUGUUGGUCGCCGCUCAAAGUGGUCCAUCUCACGAUCAACAAGAUCCAUUUGAUUGGAAAAAGGGUGAUUGGUCUUACACCCACGUUGGUAUGCCCGACAAGUGGGACUUUGAUUGGAUGACUAUGAGUCAACAAUCAAUGGCUAUUGAUAGAAAUUAA